UUCAGUGGCUCUCCGGGCCCCCGCACCGGGUGCUUCAGGGUGUGAAACCCCCCGGGCGAUUCUGCUGGACCCUCCCAGAGCCCCGACCCCCGCGAGGGUGGGAGUGAGCGUCGGGGCAGCACCGGGGCCGCCGCUGAAGGAGCUGCAGCAUGGGAGAGGCGGGUUUGUUUGUGCCAUCGGAAAGGGGAAGCGGUGACAUGGUUGAGCCAGAGGCCCCCGUGAGCAAACCGGCCGCACGGCUGCUGCUUCCCCGAUGAGUCUCUGCUUUUCGCUUUGCGCCAGCAGCUGGAGAAGAAGCCGGGGCUGUUGGGCGUGAGCGCGCACGGGGAACCCGCCAGAGAGAUGCCUCCGGCCCUUCGGGCUCCGACUGCAAGCCAUGCUUACGGGAAUUCACUGACCACAGCACCCCUGCUUUGGAUUAUCCCAACCCCAAAAGCUUCCUCCCAUCCCUGAUUGCUGAGGAUGUCACCUUCUGCACCAGCAUGGCUGAAGAAAAGGAGGACGCAUCUUCCACCGAGCUGGACGUCCCAGCAGCGGACUUGCACAGCAGCACGGAGGAUCUCCUCUCAGACUCUGCUCUCCACGGGACAGAGUAUUACAGAGAUCUGGGACUCCUGAGCCCACCAAUUGCCAAAACAGCGCCAGAGACGGCAGCGCAGCCAGAACGAGCAACCCAGGCUGUGUCUGCCAUUCGCUUAUUGAAAGAGAGACCAGGGGCUCUGAGCAAAAUGUCUGUGGAUGUUGCUUUUUCCAAUCCCGUUUCCUGCUCGGUACGUUACGGCGAGGCCGACUGCCACUUUCUGAACAAAGGCCACGUUUGCUCCUGUGCGGCGGUGCCGGGAGAUGGCACCAGCACUUCUGAGUGUCCUGCAGAGGCAGGCAAAGAGCUGGACCUGCAGGAGGCCAAGGAGUCCUUCCCCACGCUGGUGAGGUCUAUGUCUACCUCUCGGAGGCACAGCUGGGAGAGCCCUUUAUCACCCGUGGACAGCAAGCGCAGAUUCAGCCUGGAUGCCAGAGAGAUGGGCAGCGACGCAGAGCAGGAGGAUGUGGAGAAGGGGAGCCAGUCCUGCCCGCAGCCUUGUGUGUCCCUUCAGCUGCCCAAAGGGGAACUGGAAAGCUGGAGCAGUGGCGGGGGUGGCACGGUGAUCAAAGUGGAGAUAGAGCCGUUACGCCCGAACCUCACGGUCAUCCCCGGCUCGGAGGAGGCGGAAUGUGGCAGCAACGGGAAGAGACUGAGGUCAAAGUCUGUCCCAUCAGCCUGCGAGACAGUUGCCCCCCCUCAGAUCCCUUGCAGUUUCGACACUUCUCUUCCAGCCGUGGAAGGUGUUGAACCCCCUGCUCUGGAGAUGCUGGAGAAGGACCACGUGUCCCCAGACCACGUGCUAAUUGUCCAGCAGGUACUUCAGGAGCUGAAACAAUAUCAUGGGGCGAAGCAGAGAGCUUGUGUGCAAGAAGGCAGUGGUUCUUCCCAGCAGAACCUCACCUGGUUUGAGUUCCUGUCUAACGAAAAUGAGGACAGUGGAAAGAGCGAUAAAGCAGAGAAAGGCACGAAGGUGAUGCGACGUCUGAGUUCCCUGCGGAGCCGAGUCACCGGAUCCUGGCAGAAGGAUAAGGGUAAGAACAAAGAGCAGACGAAAGAGAGAGAGAAGGAGAAAGAGACAAAGGAGCCAAAGGAGAGGUGGAAAGAGAUCAAUGGGCACCAGCUUGUGCCAGGGGUUUUCUCCAGUUGCACCAGCUGCUCACUGUGUGCCAAACCUCUUGUGAAUAAAAGUGGUCUGCAGUGCCUGAAUUGUGCAGUGAAUGUCCAUAAGAACUGCAAGAGUUUACUGGCUGAAUGCAGCAGCAUCAGACCCAAGCAGAAAGAUUUGCAGCACAGACCUUCUGGAUCUCCACAAAGUUCGCCCCAGUGCAUUUCCCCAGCCGCUUCUUUGAAGGAGCAGCCCCGAAGUCUUCUCCUGGGACCGGAUGGCACCCCAGUACUAUCACGGAAUCUCGGUAUGACUAUCGCCCAAAGAGGAAAUUCUCAGUCUUCGUUGAAUACUACUGGAGCUGUUAAUAAAUUUGGACUAAUUUCAGGAGACAUGGAUGAAGGGGAUUCAGGCUUUAUAAAAUUUAAGCAAACUUCAGAUGAUGUUGUCUCGCUUGCACCUUCAACAGCAGACUCCAUUUUUCUGGAAGAUACAUAUUCUGUAUCCCUCCGAACCGAAAUAGAAACAGAUGCUCAUGAGUUUGAGGCAGAGUCUUGGAGUGUUGCAGUGGAACAGCCAUAUGCAAAGAGGCAAAAGAAAGAUGUUAUAAAAAGGCAAGAUGUCAUUUAUGAACUAAUGCAGACUGAAAUGCACCACGUUAGAACACUGAAAAUAAUGCUGAAGGUAUACUCCAAAGCCAUGCGAGAGGAACUGCAGUUCCCAAAUGCAGUCAUCAACAAGCUCUUCCCCUGCGUGGAUGAGCUGCUGGAGAUGCAUGGGCAAUUUCUGCUCCAAUUAAAGGAGCGACGAAAGGAAUCCUUGGAAGAAGGCAGUGACCGAAAUUAUAUAAUCCAGAACAUUGGGGACCUCUUGGUAAAACAGUUUUCAGGUGAAAAUGGGGAGAGAAUGAAAGAAAAAUACGGUGUGUUCUGUUGUGGACACAAUGAAGCUGUUAGUCAUUAUAAAGACCUGCUCCAAAGCAAUAAGAAGUUCCAGAACUUAAUAAAGAAAAUCGGCAACUGCUCCAUUGUGAGGAGACUCGGUGUUCAGGAGUGUAUCCUUCUAGUUACCCAGCGCAUCACCAAAUACCCAGUCUUGGUGGAACGUAUUAUUCAGAAUACAGAAGCUGGAACUAGAGAUUAUGAAGAGCUCACCCAGGCCCUUAGUUUAAUUAAGGACACAAUCACUCACGUAGAUGCCAUGGUAAAUGAGUGUGAGAAGGGGCAGCGCCUUAAAGAAAUUAUGCACAAAAUGGAGCUGAAAUCAUCUGGGAAAUGCAAGAAUGGGCUUUUCUUUCGCAAGGAUGACAUGGGACGGAGGCGGCUUCUACUGGAUGGGAUGCUGUACUGGAAAGCUGCAUCAGGGCGACUCAAAGAUAUUCUGGCAGUCCUGUUAACUGAUGUACUGUUGCUCUUACAAGAAAAGGACCAAAAAUACACAUUUGCAUCAGUGGACUCUAAGCCACCAGUUAUCUCAUUGCAAAAGUUGAUUGUAAGAGAGGUAGCUAAUGAGGAAAAGGCAAUGUUCUUAAUUAGCGCUUCCUUAAAAGGACCAGAAAUGUAUGAAAUUCACACAAGCUCGAAAGAGGAGAGGAAUUCCUGGAUGGCACACAUCCGCAGAGCUGUGGAAAGCUGUCCUGAUGAAGAAGGAGGAACAUUUAAUGAACCUGAAGCAGAGAGGAGGCUGGCUGAAGCAAGAGCUGCUAAGUUAAAAGAGUUUCAAGAGCGUUUGAACGUGAAAGAUGACCUGAUUCUGCAAAGUCUGACGGAGAAGCAACAGAUUUAUGUAGAAAUGUCUGAAAUGAUUGGGUUUGAAGACCAUUCCCAAGGAUCCCGAUCUAGGCUACUUCUUCGGGGGGAUACCUCAGAAAAUCUGCAAGGAGAGGCGAUUUUGAAGUCCGCAGUGACAGAAGCUGAAAAUCUCCAGAACCUCAUCUUCACUCACUUAGGCAACGGAUCCUGUCAGCCUGAGGAUGGCUCUGGGUCGGGACUGCCCAGGAGAGCAGAGACCUUUGGAGGAUAUGACAGUAGUCCCUCAAUUUCAAAUAAAAGUGGUAGUUUUAGGAAGAACAGUGGUGGUGACCAGAGACAGUGGGACUGCAGAGGCCCUGCAGUAAGUUCAGAUGUGCAACUCCAUGACCUCCCUGCUGAUGCAGAAGAAGGAUCUCAAACCAGUGAUGUAACAAGGCUGGAUGACAGCAGUGGUUUUCAGCCCACCAUAGAGUCUCAGCUUGUCCAAAGGAUACAAACGCUGCUGCAGUUGCUCUUCAGUCUUCAGGCAGUGAUAUCGCAGCAGGACAGCUACAUUGAGAUGCAACGAGCCACCAUGGUAGACCGGGAGAAGCAAUACCGGCUGCAGUCUACACGAGGCAACCUGCUGCUAGAGCAGGAGAAACAGCGGAACUUUGAAAAACAGAGAGAAGAACUGAUGAACGUACAGAAACUUCAGAGCCAGCUGAAGCUGGAGCAGCAACGCUUGGAACGGGAAAGGAGUCGGCAGCAGCGGGAAUUUGAAAGCACAGAAGCUCGGCUGCAGGAGCGCGAAGAGGAGACUCGGCAGCUGCGAGAGAAGUUGAAUCAGGAGCGGGAAGAACUCGAGAGGCAGCGAGAGGCCUAUCAGCAUGACCUGGAGAGACUGCGGGAGGCUCAGAGAGCAGUCGAGAAAGAGAAAGAGCGUCUAGAUCAGCUAAGGAAGCUGAAGAAGCAGAACACAGUGUCAGGCACGUUCUCCCCAGAAAUGGGACAGAACCAGAUGCUGUGUCAUUCUGUUAGCUUCAAUGGAGAAGGGGUGGAAUCUCUGCCCGUCUCGAAAACCUCUGUGAGAGUGAGCGUCUCCGGGCUGGAUUACCUGGAACGGUCAGACUUGGUUCGGAGGGACAGUACCACCCUGGAGAAUCGUCCGGUUCUUGCACUGAAGAAUGAAGUGCCAAUACAUCUCCUGAGUGCGACUAAUCAGAUACAGAAACCAGCUGCCGUCCAGCAGCAGAUUCCUACGAAGCUGGCCACUUUUACGAAAGGAAGCAAAGAGAAAGGUGGGAAGAACAAAGCAUCUCAUAGGACAGACAGUUCAGCAUCUGUUGAUCAGAAGCAGCUGCUUCCCCCCAGGCUUGUCAGCCGAGAGGAGGGUGUCCUGAGAGGCAGACGAUCAGCAAGUCCAGUCCUCCCAAGCAGCCAGACCGCUGCGUUCCAGCCAGAGUUGUAUGGCCCUACAGAUACUCAGCCGGAAGCACUUUCAUCUGCCUCAGUGAACUUAUUCAAGCCCAAUAACGUCCACGUUCAGACCCUGGUGACCUCUCAGCCGAGUCUGUUAAACGUGCAAGAUGAUACCAGCAAAGAAGAUGUGAUUUUCUUCUAAUCGUUUCCAUUUAAAGAUUAAUCUUCUGAUAUACUGUUUCAAGAGCUCAGGCCGCAGUGUUCAACAUGACAGAGACCUGACGUGGAUGUCUCUUCAUCCCUGCCCCAUUACUUCUAGCAAGGACCAGACCAGGAUUACUGUUCUACUCUGUUGGCUUCUCUGCCAGCAGCUCAGAAUGAGGGCACAGCAGUAACAAUUUGCUUUUAAAUUCUCCUAACGUGGAAAUGUAUUGACACAUGGCAUGGGUAUAUAAAUUCAGAGCAUGUUAAAAUGCUGCCACUUACUGUAAUUUGUUCUUUUUGGAGAAUGUACGCUCUCGGUGGGCACCAUCUUGUAAAUUGUUAUAGUUGAUGUAGAACCGCCCAGAUUUUUAUGUAAAAAGUUUUAGUAGGCCGCAAAAUGGCUGCAAAUUUUAAAUCCGUUUUCACAGGUGCAUGGUUGGUAAUGGAUUCUGCUAACAGUGUGGUGAUAACUAGUUGACUAGCAAGCCAGUCUGCGUACAGCCAGGCGUGACAGAUGUUGUGAUACCCGCUCGGAGCAGCCAGACUAGUGUCUGUUGCUUUAGUGAAUUCAGUGGAGCGUGUGCUCCAUGGCCAGGUGCAGUGGAAGAGAGAAGGUAAGCUUCUUAAGAGAGUCUUCAAGGGUCAGGAGCUCCACCUGCUUGUGGAUGAGAAGGGUUGGACGUGUGAAAAUACAUGACGGAAAUGAAGAGUUGGACUCAAUGCACAUUUCAUUGCCCAUCAGCUUGCGCUGGGAUACCUGUCUCCUUGGAGACCUUGGGUAGCUCUCCGCGUCAGUGAGAGCGGUACAGCUUCCCAGCCAAAGCUCACGAGAUGGUUCAGAAUGAACUUCGAGACUUGGAUUUUGUUCUUUGCUGAAGACAUGUAUAAGAAGCAUUUGAAUGCAGUGACUUAUUGUCUUGUUUAAUCCUAAGUUUUCUGCAUCUUUUGUUUGUCUGCUAACUUGUUGGGACUCCAAGUACCAGAAGAUAUCAAAGCUGCUGUUACUGCAGAGACUUCUUUGCAGCACUGUGGUAGGAAUGAAGGGAAUAAGAACUGUUUGGUUUUAAAAUUAAAAAAAGAAAAAAAACACUCUUAGCUAAACCUGUGUUGGUUUAGCUGCUUACAGCUGAACAAGCUUUGAUACCUCUUGUUAAAUGGGUCAGUUCUUAAUCAUGAAAUGGUGAUGCCAUUAAGUGUUCUGCUCAAAAGGCAUUAUUUCCCUUUGUAGUAAUUUGCACAGUCUUUUUGUUGUAUUCUGUUACUUCGCUCUGUAUCUCAGUUCUUGAUUACACACAUCACCGAAGGAUGUGUAUUCCGAUCUGUGUUGAAUGUGACCGGUCAGAUACGUUGUGCACAGGAGAGAUUGUUUGGAGGGUAUUAUUACAAAAUUAAAGAAAUCAGUGUCUCAGAGCUUAAAAACUUGGGUUAAUACCUUUCAGAACAUGAUAAUAGUUUUUUUUCCAUAUCUUUAACCCUGGGUAAAGUGAUUUGUAGCGCUGGUGGAUGGAAUGCUUGGUCAGUUCUCCAUCCAGUCACGUAGCAAUGGCAUUGAAUGGCAGUUUGUCGAUCUCUUCAAAUCAUUGGUGCUGUCUCAGUGACAAAGAAAUUGAAAAAUGCAAAUUUACUGGUCAGUGUGAGAGGGAAAAGAUAAGCUACAAAAUACUUGGUUGGUUUUAUGGAGCAAGCACUCCUUGCUGUAAUGCUCCUUGGACUUCAGGGUCGUUGUCUCCAAGUGACAUUGGUGUGAACCUGAAGUGAUAGCACUGAGCUGAAUGAAAGGAAACUCCAACCCAGACUGGUGAUACUCCCCCAACCCCCAGGAAACUAUUCCCGUGAAGUUGGACACACUUCACUGGAACACCAAAGGACUGCUUGGUAAAUGCUCGGCACUGCAGAAUUUACACAGCUUGUCGGUGGCUAGGUGUGCGGAAAACGUUAUGGGGAACAUAGUGAUUUUUGUGGCGUUGUGAUACGAUGUUGGUGACGGUUAGAACACAGUUCUGCCCUCUGUUCGCUUUUUGCAUUCCUAAAAGCUAGCUUGCAAUGGAGGGGAAUUCUUCUUAGAAUUAAUGUAACUUCUGAUCAAGCCACUGUGUGAGAUCCAGCGGGAUCCAGGAGUGAUUUUUCCGUCGGCUGAUGUGGAGUCUCCAGUCAUCUCCGAUACCCGUGGUGUUUCCGCUGUAAACAUGCGGUGAAGCAGCAGGAACGCGCAGUACGUUCUCUCCUUCGUGCUGUGGUUUGGGCCACUCCUAGUGAAAAUUCUAUGCCCCUGUUGCCUUAAAUUACCGGGUUUUAGGGAGUUUUAGCCUAAAGUGAAGUUGCAUCAGUGGAAUAAACCACCUCAACCAGAGAGGGAUGUCUCUGAGUCUUUGAAAACAAUUUUUGGAAACAUCUUAGUUUAAUUUUGUGCCUGUCCUAAAGUAUGGGGGAGAGUAUUCUAUGGGCUGAAGGGAUCUGUUUGGCUACUUUCUUCUUCUUCUGUGCAAUGAAUGAACUCAGAACAGCGACAUCUGGAAAAUAAAGUCUGCAGUGAGGUCUCAUUUCUUUUAAUGUUUUAACUGUUUUAGUACUCGUUGUCAGCAGCGCUUUGAAUACGUUGUGGCUGUUGGCGAAUGGACGCGGGACCGUUACAGGCUGUUGGUUCAGCACCCCAAAAGCACCUUGGAGUAUGGGGCUUCGAUCUGUAACUGUGAAAUUACCUUAAAAGUCAUUAUCUGUCCUCAAUAUGCAUGUCUAGCUUUCUGAAAACUGUUUUCACCUUGACUAGAGACUGCGUCUUCUUUCACUUGGGUCAAAACCAUUUAAGUGCCGUACCAGGUAUGGACGUGGCCUCCUGUUCAGUCCCGUACCCGGCGCGGAGAAGGGUUUGGAACUGGCAAAUGCCGGGAUAUCUCGCUGGUAGUGCGGGUUUUGCCAUACCAGAAUAUGGUAACGUUAUUUGUAGAAGGCUGAGGGAAGCAAGUGAAAGAUUUUCUUUAACCAAAUAAUGGGUCAUCUCUUCACUUCUGCAAAACUGAAUCUGUGAAAUUGCUGUUGCUCCAGUUGAGUGAACGAGUCUUGGACUCCUGACUCGAAUCUCCUUCCUAGAAAAAGUAACUUUUCUGGCAGAUUGGAUUGCAGAAUACUGCUGUGUCCUGGGCUAAGCAACCUGCUGUUGACUCUGAGUCAUAUCCUUUCCAUUUGACCUUUUGAUUACCUCAGAUAAAAGUUUCCUUUUAAGCGAUAUCUGAGGAUUAGACGGUUCAAAACUCUGUGCCUCCCAGGUGCCUUUUGGCUUCUUUCUGAGCUGGGGUGUGGAGGAAAUUACAGCACGAGCUUUGAACUGCCGCCACCUUUGCUUUGUGUUGCAGCCUUAAAAUUAUUGUCAUGUUUGUCCUUUUAAUAUUGUGAUGUUGCAAGGUAGAGGCUGUUUCUGUGGUUCCGAUUUUCAGUUUUACCUCUGGCGUGAAGGAAGCUUCCUCAUUCCCCUCCCACUUGGACUACGGUCAUUUUGUAUUUGGGACUGAAAAAUCCCCCCGUGUACCGAGCGCGUCUGCCCUGCGUGUAUCGUAAAUGCUUUCCUAGUUUUUAACUGUGCUUUCUGUGGGUUGUAGUUGCGGCGUAUCCCGCAAAUGGAGAUCGCUGAUCGUUUCCCGGUGCGAGGCAGAAGGAUUGGUAUUUCUAGAGGUGCUCACUCCUCGAGGUAACAGCGUUCCUGCGAAGGCAGGAGCGACUCGAAAUAAUUUGCGGGCAGUUUUGUCUUUCUGAGGAAUAGUCAGAUGGUGCUGCAUACGUGGAACUUGGUGUUUGUCGUUUGCAUUUACACUGGAAGUUGAAACUUAAACUGGGAAAGGGUUGAAAAUAUAUAUUUCGUUUCACUUCUACUUUCAACUCUGCAGAACCGGAGCUGGGGCUCCGCGGUGCUGCUCGGUGGUGUCCCUGUGUGUCGUGCCCCCGUGCAAGGGAGUUGGGAGCGUUUUGUUGUCUUCCCCAGCAGUUCUCACAUUUACAAGGGAAAAAAAAUAUCUUGUCACCAGGUUACGCGUGUGCGAUCCUUGCCUGACUUUCUUGCUGAAUAGGUAGAAGAAAAGCCUUUUCCCCACUCUCUCUUUUGAGGCCAGACCCGAGAUCUUUGUAACCACCGGCGGCUCUUUAUCGUUUACCAUCAGCGUGUCGCUCAUCGAACGCCGUUUGUGUGAGCUCUGCUUCACGCCGUUCGUGCCAUGUUUAUAAAUCAGGGGGUUUUUAUGUUUUUGUACUGAAAGAAAUUUGGAGCACUUUAGAAAAGUUUCUUUCAAAUUGCAUUUCUGUCGGGACCUGGAAGGAGAUCUCUGCCGAGGGCAGGUCCUGCUGGCGUAACCGCGCGCGUUGCACCAGGAGCUCUCGAUGCGCGUCAGUCCUAGGUCUGGUUUCUAGGCCCACUUGCACUGUAAAGAUUUAAUAAAUAAUCGCGGUCCAUGGUUAAAUUGACCAUUUUGUUGGGGAAGCGUUUGGGUUUGGUUUUUGUUAGGGUGUAAACAUUGUAAAUAAUUCCUUUACUGUUGAUAACUGCAGCAGCAGCAUCUUUGUAGUCUUUAUUUUAUUUGUAAAGUCGAUGGUUGAAUGUUAAUAUUCUGUUGAAUUGUGCACUCUUCAUUAAUUGUAAACUUGAUCUUAGCACACCAAAUGAUGAUUUUUACAAUGAUUGCAAUGUUUCUCCACUGAAGGAUUUCAGAGCUGCAAUAGGCCUGAAACCAACUUCUAGCAAUAAAAAAAAAA